AUGCCCGGAAGUUAUCCCUCGAGCCCACCAAUGGGUCCCUCCAACAACAACAGCAGCAGCCACAGCGGGUCCAGUAGAGCCCUAGGAGCAACUAUUCAAAAUGCUCACUACCCGAACCACCAUCAGCGCCAUUCACAACACCGUCAUCGUCGUCACCACUCGAUGCAGACAAUCAUGUCAGCCGAAGCUCCUCAAAGCGCACUCAACACGAUAGGGAACAACAACCGGAGUACUCGUUCCCCUCGUCAUUCUCGUGACGACAACAACGUCCCUCAGCUUCGUCAACCUGCGCCAGACCUAACAAUACGCUUUUCCGAGUUUGUUCGCUCUCCUCGUCAAACGGCAACCAGUCAACAUCCAGUGAUCGAGUCCUACAUCGACAAUGAAGACUACCAGUCUCUUCUGGCCGCAGUCUCCAGCAUCCGUAUGUCCCGUCCUCAACACCAGCAGGAUACUCCUCGACCGGAUGCUGCCGACAGAGUUGGUUCUUUGGAGGAGCAGCAUUCUAGUGGCCAAGUUGUUACCCUGCCUGACGAUGAUGAGAUUGACGAGCAAAUGUUGGAAGUAGAAGAGCCGGAGGACAACGAGGAGAUGUACGACAGCACGUCUAGCAGUGUCAUCGAGGACAUCUAUGACCUUCAACACAUCAUGAUCCACAACCAACUAGAGUUUGAGAACCAGAUGCGCCGAGCCCGUGAAGAUUAUGCCCGUCAUCGAGACAAUGCCCUGGCCGAGAUCGAACAGAACCAAGAAGCCGCCAACCAGAACCAGUCUAGCGACCACCCCUCUUCCUCCUACGAGACCCUGAACUCGCCCGGUGAAUCGAUGAUCCCGACAGGCAUGGAGGAGCCUCUUCGGACUAUGGAAUCUCACUUUAACUCGCCUGCCGAACACUACUCAAAUGUGACCGACAAUCCCCGCCCAACCAUUUCGUCGUCUUAUUUUUCGCCUACUUCUGAAUCAACCAUUGUUCUCUCCUCGCCACCCCCAGGUCGGUCCUCUACAGGAGUGUCUCAACACAACGAACAACAAGAAACCGGGCGUCCGAGUCAUAAUGUUGCAGCCGGCAACAUGAGCAGCACUGCCGAGGCAUUGCGCUUUGGAAACGGUCCUUAUCGGCCCUUUGUCACCGGCAGAGAUAUCAACCACCAGCAACAGCAGCAGCAUGAUAUACAGGAACAACAACAGCAGCAGCAAUACGCUCGACAACAAGGCCAGCCAUUUUCAAGUUAUUCAGGCAGAAGAGAGAGCGAGGGCGGUAUGAACGACCCGAUGGAUCAGGAUGGCAACUUCGUUGUUGUCGGUGAGAAUGAGGGUGGUCAAUGGUCUAUUUAUGGCUCUUUGACACAAUCUAGCAAUUCGUUUGAGCAGCACCGGUACCAGUACUAUCGGCAACAACAGCAACAUCAUCAGUUCACUCAAGACCGCAACGACCUUACGGCAGGAGGAUUCCCCGUUGUUCGACCUUCAGUCGCUCAACCCACUCUCCGCACCAACCCAACGUCGUACCCAAUACAUCUCGAUGCGACCAGGCGUGGUCCCCAUGCAGUUGCGCCAAUACUGUUUGCCAACAGUGGUCCAGUUAGCCCCUCAAGCAAUAUUCCUAUCCCUUCUCGCUACAUCAACCCUCAACCCCUUGCUCAUCCUCAGUACACCUCUUCCUUCACAGCCACUUCAACAUCUUCAAACUUUUACCGACCCAACAACAUCGCUACCGGUCAAGCCCAAUAUGCAUACCGCCGAUCGAACGCGACAAACAACUACCAGUUACCAAGUGGACCUCGCCAACGAGCAGUCAACGGUCCUUCACAGUCGUAUUCUGAGACUGUUGAGCGAGCAGAGGCUGGAGGGUGGACUCCCACAUCCCACACAUCGGCAGCAGGAUCAACAUUGACUUCACGGUACGACGAGUCGCUUGAGUACCGAGAGCGACACAAUAUCGGUUUGAAGGAGGUUGUCAGGAUGGCCUGUCGUUUUUGCGAGACUAUUAUUUGUGAGCGCGGAAUGAAGGCUCAGCUGUUGGCCGAUCAAAGUGUCGCGCUGCUGUCCACAGAUGAUGCUCCUCAAUCUGGUAACGCGAUUGGAUAUCACAUCACCCAGCCGUGCGAUAAAUGCCUUAACGCCGAGAACAAUGGCCAUCUGUGGCUCUUCCAUCCCGAGUAUAUUUUGAGCUGUCUACGCUGGGAUCCUGCCUUUAUGCGGCCGCUUCGAUGGGGUGAGCUUCCACGACCUGAGCAGGAUUUUGACACCUUGAGUCUCGGCAAAGUGAUACAAGGGAGACCAAACGGCGCGAUGGAUGUUGGGGGCAUGGUCCGUCGAGAGUACGAUGCCAUCUGUCGCUAA